AUGGGGAAAAUGCAAGGCAAGACGCUGCAGAUAGCACAGCUCCUACUUGUUGUCUUACCUGCUUUUGUACUCUUCGGUUACAAUCAAUCUGGCGUUGGGGGUCUACUCUCUCUUCGUGAUUGGAACGAUCACUUCCCUUCCAUCAACACCAUCGAUGCCACUGGGGCAGAAAAGAGUGCAAAGUCGACGAAACAAGGAGCUGUCGUUGCCACCUUCACCAUCGGUGCCCUUUUUGGAGCUCUCUCAUGUUCCUGGAUCGGCGACAUUCUCGGGCGACGCAAAGUCAUCUUUGGCGCUGCCGUAUUAACACUUGUUGGCGAAAUUCUACAGUGCACGAGCUUCCAACUCGCACAAUUCGUUGUUGGGCGGUUUAUCCUGGGGUGGGGCGUCGGUGCUCUGAGCGCGACAGUGCCCGUGUGGCAAUCCGAAUGCUCGUCGUCUGCCAAUCGGGGAAAGCAUGUUGUGCUAGACGGAUGCUUCAUCAGUCUUGGGUACCUCCUCGAAGCCUGGAUUAACCUCGGGUUCUUCGAACAAGACAACAAGCCCCUACAAUGGCGGAUUCCUCUUGCGAUUCCCACACUCAUCUCGUUGAUUCCAAUGGCGGCUGUAUUCUCCAUCCCCGAGAGUCCGCGAUGGCUGGUUCGUAAAGGUCGUGUAGAAGAAGCUCGUGCGAGUCUGUCGGCAUUCAAAGGUGUGCCUAUGGAUGAUGCCAAUGUAGACACGGAGAUUAGUGGCAUCGAACUGGCGCUCGAGGAAACAGGUCGCAGCGCAGCCAAGAUGAGCGACAUCUUCACCAUGGGCAAAGACAAAUUGUUCUACCGCUUCUCACUCUGCAUCUUCCUGCAGUUUCUGCAGCAAAUGUGUGGUAGCAACCUCAUCUCCACAUACUCUACAGUAAGCCAGCUCAUACCUAUGCAAUUCAGCGACAUGAACACCCGAAAUUCUAACCCCCGCCUACAGAUCAUCUUCCAACAAGGCCUUGGCAUGUCCAGCGAAACAUCCCGCAUCCUCUCCGGCGGUGCCCUCACCUGGAAGUUCCUCUCCUGCUUCGUCGCCUUCUUCACCAUCGACCGCUUUGGCCGCCGGAAGCUCUUCAUGUUCAGCGGAGCAGGCAUGGCAUCUUGCAUGCUUGCUCUAGCUGUGUCGUCUUCUUUCCCCACAGCAAACCACAGUGCGCAAAUCGCCUCUGCGCUAUUUGUAUUCUUGUUCAACUUUUUCAUCCCAAUCGGAUUUCUUGGCGCGAACUUCUUGUAUUGUACUGAGGUUGCGCCCACGAGGUUGCGCGUCCCCAUGGCGGGUAUAUCGACGGCGAAUCAUUGGCUCUGGAACUUCGUAGUCAACAUGGUAACCCCCGUGGCCAUUGAAACCAUCGCCUGGAAAUACUACCUCGUCUUCCUGCUCAUCAGUGCUCUCAUCGUGCCAGUCGUCUGGUUUGCGUACCCAGAGACCAUGGGCCGCAGCCUUGAGGAGUUGGAGAUGAUGUUUGUAGAGGGCCAUGGCAUUCGUGAUAUCGUGAGGGAGAGUCGGAAACCUAUUGCUGCGCGCGGGGAGGCGGCUUUAGAGAAAGGGGGAGGCGAUGAGUUCAGGUAG